AUGAGUGAGGCGGAGGGCCAGUUCUACAGCGUUCAGGUGGGAGACUCCACCUUCACUGUACUCAAGCGCUACGAGCAGCUCCGCGCCAUCGGCUCCGGGGCCCAGGGCAUCGUCUGCUCUGCUCUAGAUACAGUCCUUGGUAUACCAGUGGCAGUGAAGAAGCUGUGUCGGCCCUUCCAGAACCAGACCCAUGCUAAGCGUGCCUACAGGGAGCUGGUGCUGCUCAAAUGUGUCAAUCACAAAAAUAUCAUCCGUCUGAUCAAUGUGUUCACGCCUCAGAAGUCCCUGGAGGAAUUCCAGGACCUGUAUCUGGUGAUGGAGUUGAUGGAUGCCAGCCUAUGCCAGGUGAUCCACAUGGACUUGGACCAUGAGAGGAUGUCCUAUCUGCUCUACCAGAUCCUCUGUGGCAUCAGGCAUCUGCACUCUGCCGGCAUCAUCCACAGGGACCUGAAGCCCAGUAACAUCGUGGUGAAGUCAGAUUGCACACUAAAGAUCUUGGAUUUUGGCCUGGCUCGGACGGCCUGCACUAACUUCAUGAUGACCCCCUACGUGGUGACCAGAUACUACCGCGCCCCAGAGGUCAUACUGGGCAUGAAGUACAAGGAGAAUGUGGACAUCUGGUCGGUGGGGUGCAUCAUGGGAGAGAUGGUAAAGGGCAGCGUCAUCUUCCAGGGCACCGACCACAUCGACCAGUGGAAUAAGGUGAUUGAGGUUCUGGGCACGCCCAGUCUGGAGUUUAUGAACCGACUGAUGGAGACCGUGAGGAACUACGUGAUGAACAAGCCGCAGUAUCCUGGCGUCAGCUUCGCCGAGAAUUUCCCGGACUGGGCUUUUCCUUCGGACUCUGAACACGACAAACUGAAGACAGGUCAAGCACGGGACCUGCUGUCCAAAAUGCUGGUCAUCGAUCCCGAAAGCCGCAUCUCCGUAGAAGAGGCCCUCAAUCACCCGUACAUCCACGUGUGGUACGACCCCGGAGAGGCCGACGCGCCUCCUCCCCAGAUUUCAGAUAAGCAGCUGGAAGAGAGAGAGCACUCCAUCGAGCAAUGGAAAGAACUCAUUUAUGAGGAGGUGAUUGAUUGGGAAGAGAGGAACAAGAAUGGACUGAUGAAAGAAGACUGCUCUGAUGCGGUGUCAGGCUCAGCCUCCCAGUCCUCAUCAGCCAACGACAUCUCGUCCAUGUCCACGGAGCACACCUUGGCCUCGGACACAGACAGCAGCAGCAUCGACACACUGACGGGACCGCUGGACGAGAGCCAGUGAACACAGAGUCCGUGGCCACACGUCUGCCUGCCUCAGUCCUCCCAUUUACAGUACCCAAAUAUCAAUCAGUCAUCACCUUCCUCCCUUCUCUUUACUCUAUCCCCCCCCCCUCUUUUCUCAAUUAUUUUGUCCUUUUUUUGUGUUUGUCUUCUUUCCUCUUUAACCUCAACGAAUAGGUCUAUUUUUCUAUUUUCUUUCUGUGUGGGAUCUGGUGGAUCUUGUUGAAACAUCAAACUCUGUUUUGGACUGGAGGUCAAAGCUGUCUAUUUUCAAAAUCUUUCUCUUCUUUGUGGAUAUUGUUUACGUUGAUCAAGUAUAUAUGAUGUAUGCAUCCAUAUUGAUUUCCAGGUUACCAGGAGUAGGUGGGGGGGAUUCUUUGUUUGUUCCAUAUGCCUGUAUUUUGAAUAGUUUUAUUUUUUUAGCGAAUCAUUCGUUGAGACCUGGAGGUUAUCAAAUUCGAGCAGACGCGCACUGAACGUAGACCACAGCCGCCAGCUGCUCUCAUGCAUGUUACGCCAGUACGAACAAAAGCUUUCCAUAAGUCGAUGAUCAAACACUCAAAGUCUGAUUGAUCCUUCAGCUAGCUCGCAGUAUUACAGUAUUACAGAUCUCCACGCCGGUGCUUUCUGCACUGUUUUUUUUUUUUUUUUUUUAAUGAAUUGCCUCGAGUGAUGUGGAUUUUGAGCUUUUCCUCCUGACAGCUAGAGGAAGCUGUGGUUGCAGUGUUACAUUUCAAUUUGAUAUAAUGUACUGUAUGUAAAGAUGUCAUGAUCUGACACUCAUCGUGGCUGUAGAACCCUUUCAUUACUAAUAGAUAACGGUGUGCUCAUUUUGUUAGAACUAUAAACUGCACCCCCCCCGUUGAACAUAAGGUACCGACUAACAAUGUGUAUAUCAAAAGAACAUCGUAAUCCUGUAAAUUUGGGAGAGGCAAAAAGAUACAUGUAGUAUUUAUUUUUGUGUUCUUGCAAAGAUGUUGCACACAAUCCCACCGAGGCCCGUGUAAGAUAAGCCUCUCGUCGAAGCAUUUCACCGACAAAUCAAUGCAUCGGCUGCUCCUUUCCUAAACCAUUCCAUUAGUACUGGAGCAGUCGCACCAUCCAUCAUGAAUCAGACAUCAUGUAGAUAAAAGGCAGUGAAACACACAUAACGGUGUUUAACUUGCAUGAAGGCAUUAAAGAUGCCGAUAAGAAACCGUAGUUCUUGUUAUAAAGAGAAAUCCGUUCAGGUUCAGUUGUUUUUACUUGCAGUACCUCGAUGUUCUUGGUUCUGAAAGCCUGUUUUGAUGCAGAUGUUGUGUUUUUAUUUUUUUUUUUGCCUUGUAAGCCUUUAAUGUGUGUGUGUGUGUGUUAUGAAAAUGUACCGUGCAGCGCUCUCCUUCAUUAUCUCCUUUUGAAUCGUCCCUAAAGACAGACAGCAGUCGCCUGGUGGAUGAGGGGCAAAGUCUAUGGAGGAAGUUGGGCCCCUCAACACAAACAUGAAGACAUGUUGUGGUUUAAAAUGAGGAUGUGACUGAAAAUCUGGACCUUGGAACUCGAGAUGGAAACUUCAAAAAGACUGUGGAGCUGCUUUUUUGCAGAACUGAUUGCACAGUGUGAUGGACAUGCAGAAAUACGACGCUACGGAGUCACCGAGGACUUAAUUGUUGAACGCUAUAUUUUCCUUUUAAAAAAAAAACCAUGACCUUAUUCUUUAAGUCAUGCCUUAAAUGACCUGAGGAGUGGCCAUUCCACUCCUACAAAUCUUAUCAGAUAAGGACUGAGCGUUACGGUGCUCAGGGCCUCUUUUACCAUGUUUACCGUGUUUUAAAAAAAAGAGAAAAGCUCCAUUGUACACACUGUUACACUGCAUCUCACAUCUUGGUUCGGUUUAUUUCUCCUUUUAUUUUCAGAGAUGUCCUGUGUGACUGCAAUGACCACAAUAUAAUCACCCAGCCAACAUCUUUUGCCCUUACGUAACUAAUAAAGUGGACAUCAGUGA